AUGAUGGAGCGGCCAUCGCCGCCGCCGCCGCUACCGUCUCCUCCUCCUCCUCCUCCCGCCACCGUCUCCCACAUGGCCGUCACCCAGGCGCUUGCUGACGCGCUUCGCUCGUGUGGCUCCCGCGGGGCACUCGCCGGGGCCCGCGCCUUGCACGGCCGCCUCGUCACGGUGGGCCUCGCGUCCGCCGUCUUCCUCCAGAACACACUACUCCAUGCCUACCUCUCCUGCGGAUCCCUCUCCGAUGCUCGCCGCUUGCUUCAGGCGGACAUCAGAGAGCCCAACGUCAUCACACACAACAUAAUGAUGAACGGGUAUACCAAGCUAGGCAGUCUGAGCGACGCCGCGGACCUGUUUGACAGAAUGCGCACCAGGGAUGUCGCCUCGUGGAACACGCUCAUGUCCGGAUACUUCCAGGCCGGCCGAUUCUUGGAUGGUCUGGAAACGUUCAUGUCAAUGCAUCGAAGUGGGGAUUCAUUGCCAAACGCCUUCACAUUUUGCUGUGUUAUGAAAUCUUGUGGCGCUCUUGGCUGGCAUGAAUUAGCACCACAGCUGCUUGGGUUGUUAUGGAAGUUUGAUUUUUGGGACGACCCAAACGUUGAGACUGCUCUUGUUGACAUGUUUGUAAGAUGUGGAUCUAUCGAUUUUGCUUCAAGAUUGUUCAAUCGGAUUGAGAGGCCAACUGUUUUCUGUCAGAACAGUAUGCUAGCAGGGUAUGCCAAGUUAUAUGGAGUCGAUCAAGCUAUUGAGUUUUUUAAGGGCAUGCCCGAACGAGAUGUUGUUUCAUGGAAUAUGAUGAUAGCAGCGUCGUCCCAGAUUGGGCGAUUCAGGCAAGCCCUUGAUUUGGUUGUACAAAUGCAAAGAAAUGGUGUGCGACUUGAUUCAACCACAUACACUAGUUCUCUGACUGUAUGUGCUAGAUUGUCUUCUUUGGAAUGGGGUAAGCAACUCCAUGCUAAAGUUAUUCACAACCUACCACAAAUUGAUCCUUAUGUUGCCAGUGCUCUAAUUGAGCUAUAUGCAAAAUGUGGCUGUUUCAACGAAGCAAAGAGAGUAUUCAGUUCUUUACAUGACCGCAAUAGUGUAUCAUGGACAGUUCUAAUUGGGGGAUCUUUGCAGUAUCGGUGCUUCAGUGAGUCUGUCAAGUUGUUCAACCAGAUGAGAGCUGAGUUGAGGGCGAUUGAUCAAUUUGCACUGGCAACUCUUGUAAGUGGAUGCUUCAACAGGAUGGAUUUGUGCCUUGGUAGGCAGCUGCACACGCUCUGUUUGAAAAGUGGACACGAUCAAGCUAUCGUCGUCUCCAAUUCUCUCAUAUCAUUGUAUGCAAAGUGUGGUGAUCUCCAGAAUGCUGAAUUAGUAUUCAGUUCGAUGCCUGAAAGGGAUAUUGUAUCAUGGACUAGCAUGAUUACUGCAUAUUCUCAAGUUGGGAACAUCAGUAAGGCUCGUCAGUUCUUUGAUGGCAUGACCACAAGGAAUGUCAUUACGUGGAAUGCAAUGUUGGGGGCAUAUAUACAGCAUGGAGCUGAGGAAGAUGGCCUCAAGAUGUACAGUGCUAUGCUAAGUCAGAAGGAUGUCACUCCUGACUGGGUUACUUAUGUUACAUUGUUCAGAGGGUGUGCAGAGAUAGGUGCAAAUAAACUUGGAGAUCAGAUUAUUGGUCAUACUGUAAAGGCCAGACUCAUUUUAGACGUUUCAGUCGCAAAUGCGGCUAUCACAAUGUACUCCAAAUGUGGAAGGAUAUCAGAGGCUCAAAAACUAUUUGACCUCCUAAAUGGAAAGGAUCUGAUUUCAUGGAAUGCGAUGAUCACUGGUUAUUCACAACAUGGCAUGGGGAAGCAAGCUGUAAAAAUAUUUGAUGAUAUGCUGAGCAAAGAUGUAAAACCUGACUACAUAAGUUAUGUCGCAGUUCUGUCAGCUUGUAGCCACUCUGGACUUGUGCAGGAGGGGAAACUCUAUUUUGAUACGAUGACAAGAGUCCACGACAUAUCUCCAGGGUUGGAGCAUUUCUCCUGCAUGGUUGACCUUCUUGGCCGUGCAGGGCAUUUGAAUGAAGCCAAGGAUCUCAUUGAUAAAAUGCCCAUGAAACCAACUGCUGAAGUUUGGGGAGCUCUUCUCAGUGCCUGUAAGAUACAUGGCAACGAUGAGCUUGCAGAAUUGUCAGCGAAGCACUUAUUCGAGCUGGACUCGCCUGAUUCUGGAAGCUAUAUGCUUCUAGCCAAGAUUUAUUCCGAUGCUGGUAAGUCAGAUGAUUCUGCACAAGUCAGGAAGCUAAUGAGGGACAAAGGGAUAAAGAAAAACCCGGCCUAUAGCUGGAUGGAAGUCGACAACAAGGUUCACGUCUUCAAAGCAGAUGAUGUGAGCCACCCGCAAGUGAUUGCAAUUCGGAACAAGCUGGAUGAACUGAUGGAAAAGAUUGCACACCUCGGAUAUGUGAGGACCGAAUCGCCACGCUCUGAGAUUCAUCACAGCGAGAAGCUGGCUGUGGCUUUUGGGAUCAUGAGCUUGCCUGCGUGGAUGCCUAUUCACAUCAUGAAGAACCUGCGCAUUUGCGGGGACUGCCACACGGUGAUCAAGCUGAUAUCGUCGGCGACUGAUCGGGAGUUUGUGAUCCGAGAUGGUGUUCGGUUUCACCACUUUAAAAAUGGUUCUUGCUCUUGCGGAGACUAUUGGUGACCACGGAGCAUUUUUUUCAGGAAUCCAUUUUUGUAGCGCAGAUAUUUGAUUGAGAGAAGUAAAAUAAUAUGCAACACCGGAAAUUUCGUUUCCUCAUGUUAUUUAUCUCCAUCUUCGAUGAUUAUGCCCUUU